AUGUACGCCGAAGGCUCGGCCUACACGCACACCUCCAUCCUGCACUUUCUGCAGGAACUCUGGGGUCUGGAGGGGUUGAACAAUCGCGUGCAGUGGGCCAAGACGUUCGAGCAUGUGUUCUCGCGGAAGAAGCGCACUGAUACGCCGAAGAGGCUGACGACGCCGGUGUGGUAUGGGGGGAGUUGGGAGCCGAAGCCGGAGCCGUUUUAUUUGUUGAAUCAGGAUGAGAGUUAUUAUGCGGGGAGGGGAGGUUGA